GUGUCUUGUCUGUACACCCUGUGCUACCCCCCAGCCCAAGGGCAAGGUCUGCAUGUAACCAGCAUUUCCUGGAACACCACUGGCUCUGUGGUGGCCUGUGCAUAUGGCCGGCUAGAUGACGGGGACUGGAGCACACUCAAGUCUUUUGUGUGUGCUUGGAACCUGGACCGGCGGGGCCUGAACCCCCAGCAGCCAUCGGCAGUGGUGGAGGUGCCCAGUGCUGUCCUGUGCCUGGCCUUUCACCCGACCCAGCCUUCCCAUGUUGCAGGAGGACUCUAUAGUGGUGAGGUGCUGGUGUGGGACAUGAGCCGUACUGAGGACCCACUGCUCUGGCGCACAGGCCUGACAGAUGACACUCACACAGAUCCUGUGUACCAGGUGGUUUGGAGGCCAGAGCCUCGACAUAGCCACCGCUUCCAGGUGCUGAGCGUGGCCACUGAUGGAAAGGUGCUGCUCUGGCAGGCAGUUGGGGCGGGUCGGCUGCAGCUCACCCAGGGCUUUGCCCUGGCCGUUCAGCAGCUGCCACGGAGCACCAAGCUCAAGAAGCCUUCCCGUGGUGAGACUGAGGUGGGUGCUACGGCAGUGGCUUUCUCCAGUUUUGACCCCAGCAUUUUUGUUCUGGGCACGGAGGGUGGCUUUCCACUCAAGUGCUCCCUGGCAGCUGAAGAGAUGGCCCUCACACGGAUGCCCAGCUCUGUGCCCCUGCGGGCCCCAGCACAGUUUGCUUUCUCUCCCCAUGGUGGUCCUGUCUACUCUGUGAGCUGUUCCCCCUUCCACAGGAAUCUCUUCCUGAGCGCAGGAACCGACGGCCAUAUCCACCUGUACUCCAUGUUGCAGGCCCCACCCCUGAUUUCACUGCAGCUAUCCCACAAGUAUCUGUUUGCUGUGCGUUGGUCCCCAGUGCGCCCCUUGGUUUUUGCAGCUGCUUCUGGGGAAGGUGAUGUGCAGCUAUUUGAUCUCCAGAAAAGCUCCCAGAAACCCACAGUUGUGAUCAAGCAAACUGAGGAUGAAAGCCCUGUCUACUGUCUUGAAUUCAACAGCCAGCAGACUGGGCUUUUGGCUGCUGGUGAUGCCAAGGGCACGGUCAAGGUGUGGCAGUUGAGUACCGAGUUUACUGAACAGGGGCCCCGGGAAACUGAAGACUUGGACCACCUGGCAGUAGAGGUGGCCACCUGAGGACGAUAGGGGAUCCCCCCACACAGAGGCCAC